AUGGCUUCCUCCGAUGUUGUUGUCGCUCACUCAGCCUUCGAUGCUCUCCGCCUUGGAAGAUCUGCCCAGUUCAUCGUCGGUCGUCUGCUACGAUUUUGGGACUCUAAGAACAUUAAGAAACAGGGUGAAUUCAUGGGAAUCACUCUGGUCCUCCUUGAUGAGAAGCCGCUAAUCCAAAACUUAACUCUUCGAUUGCAGAACUCGGUUAUACAUGGAUUCAUUCCUUCUGGUCGCUCCCCUUAUUACCGUCCGUUACUGAAAGUGGGCUCAGUCGUGAGAGUUUCGCGCUUUGAGGUUGCAAGAUGUACAAAUAUGUACAAGAUAACAGACCAUCCUUUCGUGAUCCGGUUCAUCCCUCAAACAACCAUUGAUGAAGUUGUCGCUAACGCUCCCAUUAUCAACGUUGAGAAAUUCAUGAUACGCAAGUUUGACCCUCUCUAA